AUGAUUGAAUCACGAGCCUGUCAUGUGAUUUCAACGAUAACCAACGUGUCAAGUUUAAUGUGUCUACCGAAUUAUUUAAUUCAAUUAGCUAAUCCAAACUGUUGUCCUACCUCUUCACUAUGGGCUAGUAGUCAUAGUAAUAGUGAUAGUCUACUUGGCAAUAAUUUAGAAAAUUCAACAUACUCUAAGAUUUUACCGCUUCAUUGUUUAUGUCAUUUCUAUGCAAAUGUUAAAAAUGAUGUUGGAGAGGUUUCCGUCUAUGACAAGUUGUUAACAUUGUCAGCUUUACGUUGGGAGCAUUUAAACUCUGGCGUGUUACAACUUCUUCUAAGUUAUAUGUGUGUCCUAUCACGUGGAUCGUGUUCACAUUUACCGGAAAUAUUUGAUAAGGCUGAAUUGAAUGCUUAUCUUUGUGCAAAUCAAUCAAACUGUGUUAAUAAUCAUCAUCAUUUGUUAUCGUCGACAAUUGAGACAAUCAAUUGUCUGUAUACAAAUCUAAUAAAACCAGCCUGCCUGAACUUUGAAAGUGAAUUGUUCCCUUCAACAUUGUCAUCUCAGCAAACAGUAUCUAGCAACAGUAAAACUAAUAAAUAUCAAUGGGAUAAUUUUGCAUCAUCGAUACCAACAAUUUCAACAUCGACUUCGCAUAAACCGCUUAUUGUUACCGCUUGGGCAAAAGGUACUGGAUUUACAACAACAGCACCAUCAACAAUACUACCAACGCUAGUCGGAGAUGGUGAUUCAACCACCGCUAACAAUUCGCAGUCUAAAAUGACACAAUCAAAAGUUGAACGUGAAGAUCAGUAUGCUAUUGUAUUGUGUAAUACUCUGAGUGGAUUUCUUAAUACAUUUAUGAAUAGCAGAUCGAAUCAUGAUCAUGAUCAUGAUGAUGAUGAUAACGAUGAAUUAUUCGGAUCAAUUGUUUCUUAUUUUAUGAUGAAAUUUAAUCUGAUCAACUUUAUUAUUAAUUAUCUACGUAAUGAUUCUAUUGUUGAAAUAGUCAGUCGUAUUUCGUUGUAUAGAUCUGUAUUUCGACUAAUUCAUAGUAUUGCAUUAUGCCCUCAAUUGCAUUGGUUAUUGGUAUUUGUUCAAGGAGAUUUAGACAAUAGUUUAAUUGUAGAAUUUUCUUCUAAAUUAUUCAAUGCAUUUCAAUCUUAUUGGAGUGAUACUACAAAUGCGUCAAUUGUGAGUACUAUCACUGAUCAUCGUGAUAAUGAUGAUGAUGAUGAUGAUUUGAAUAAAUGUUUAAGCAACAUUGAUUCUUCGUGUGUUAUUGCCUUAUCAAAACAAAUACUAUCUUAUUUAUCCAAAUACAUAGAACAUUUAAAUAAACUAGGCUUAAGUAAGUCUGUUGGAUCAAAUUAUCUUUCAAGAGAAAAGGCUACAAUUAAAACGCCUAAAACGGAAGUUAUUGCACAACCUACUAACAAACCUAGUAGUAAAGGUUUAACUCGUCAACCAUCUAUACGUUAUCGUACUACCGUCUUUAAGAAAACUACUGGAAACUUAACAAAGACUCCUAAUUCACUGCUGACUGGAAACGCCUUGUCAAAUUCUGAAUUUGAUGACACAUCCAAAUUGGAAUCACUUGAUAAUCAUCAUACAAUGGUCAAAACUUGUAGUCUAUUACAGCUUAAAUCUGGUUUCUAUGAUCUCUUUGAUGAAACUAGUGAAAAAGGCGAUGGUCCACUAUCUACUGUGACAGAAACUGAUGAAAAAGACAAUGAAGAGGGCAGUGUUGUUUUGAAUCAGUCUGUUGAAGAUCGAUCCCAGACCAUUGAACCAGUUGAAGUGAAUGAAUCCAAUGAAAGCAAUAAUGAUUUAACUAAUGGUUCAUCUCAUUGUGAACAAUUUAAUAAUAACAAUAAUGAACUGAACAGUAAAUCUUCGAAUAUACUUAACAAUAAAUUAAGUGAUUCAAUCUAUGUUAAUCAACACUUACUGAUUACAUUGAAUGAAUUGAAGAAUACAUUUAAAAUAUUAAAAAUUAUAUUAAUGUAUCAACAGUUAUCUGUAAAUAAAGAGUUCGAUCACCAUGUCAAUAGUUCCGAAGAUCAAUCAUCUUUAUCUGGAUUAUCUACAGACGGUCGUCAGACUAGAAGUAGUAGUAGUAGUGGAAAACCAAACAGUCAAGUCGUGUCAAUAAGAAGUUCAAGUACAUCUUCAACUAAUCAAGAUUAUUGCUUAGCUUUGAAAAGCAUACAAUUCUGCAUGAUCAAGUUCUUAUCAGUUUCAGAAAAUAAUACUGUAUCUCUAUUAGUACCACAUGCAUACGCUGAUUUAUGUACUAAACAUGAAGGUUUAAUUUUACUGAACCGUAAUAUAAAAAAGUCACCUGAUGGUGGUGAUACAACAUCCACUUCUUCUGCUGCUCCUUCUGUUCCUGCUUCUGCUGCAUUAUCAUCUAGUGAACUUAAAAAACCAUCGUCAUUAUCAUCAUCGUCAUCACAAUUACAAAUAACACCAAAGAUUCGAUCAUUGGAUUGUUUACAACGCCUUGCUCAAGAAGUUGUCACAUUGAGUACUAGUCUUCCAUUAUCAGAGAAUGCUAGCGUGUUUAUGCGGUGUGAUGAAAAUCAUUUAUGUCUAAUCAAGGCAAUAAUUACUGGUCCACCGGAUACACCUUAUGCAGGUGGUUGCUUUGAAUUCGAUAUAUACAUUCCACCGAGUUAUCCAAGUCAACCUCCAUUGGUUGAAUUUCGUACAACAGCAAAAAAUACAUUCCGAUUUAAUCCAAAUCUUUACGAAGAUGGUAAGGUAUGCUUAUCAAUAUUGAAUACAUGGCAUGGAUCUGCUGAAGAACGAUGGAAUCCUGAAACAUCCAGUUUAUUACAAGUAUUGGUAUCAAUUCAAUCAUUGAUUUUUGUACAUGAACCGUACUUCAAUGAACCUGGUUUUGAAUGUACUAUGGGCACCCCGAAAGGUAUCGCUAUCAGUUAUAAAUACAAUGCUCGAAUUCGUGCUGCUACUGUUCGUUGGGCUAUGAUUAAUCAAUUAAAACAUUUACCAGUUGGCUUUGAAGAAGUAAUUCUAAAGCAUUUCCUUCAUAGACGUUCAUUUAUUAUUUCUCAAGUUGAACAGUGGAUAUUAGAAAUGCAUAAUCAUGAACAAUUUAAAGGAAUAGAAGUUUACGUCAAAGAACUUGAGGUAGACGGGGAUAAUGUUUGGAUUUACUGUUUUUAAUGUUUGUUAUUUUUGUUGUUGUUGUUGUUGUCUACUGAUGAAAAUAUCAAGAUAGUUGUAUUGUAUACACCAAUUCAGUCAGAUGACAUGGGUUUACAUAAUCUCUGGAUGUAUUUGAGCAUACAACAUGGAUAUUGGCCAGGAAGUAUUGAAUAGAUGUUUCAUCCUAGUUUGGGACUCUUCAUCAGAACUCACCUACUGGGUGGAUUCGCGAUAGAAUAUUACGUGAUAGACAG